AUGGGGGCAACUUUAAACGAGCUUCUGUUUGCUGUGUGUGCGACUUUCUCCAUUUUUCAUCUGGCUCAAGCUCAGAAUCAACAAGGAUUCAUCAGUUUGGACUGUGGAUUACCUACUAACGAGUCUCCUUAUAACGCGCCCUUGACCAAUCUAACAUACAUAUCUGAUACCGGUUUCAUCCACGGCGGAAAAACUGGUACCAUCCAGAAAGACUUGGAGACACGAUUUCUGAAGCCAUAUAGGAGUUUGAGAUACUUUCCAAAUGGAAUACGAAAUUGCUAUAAUCUGAGCGUGACGCAAGACACAAAGUAUCUGAUCAGGACUGUGUUUUUAUAUGGAAACUACGAUGGUCUUAAUACUUCUCCAAGAUUCGACCUCUAUCUCGGCCCUAAUCUUUGGACAACCGUAGAUGUGAAAAUAUCGGGUAUAGGUGUUGCUGAAGAGAUCAUUCACAUCACAAGAUCAAACAUUUUGGAAAUAUGUGUCGUUAAGACAGGGACAAGUACACCACUAAUAUCAGCCAUAGAAUUAAGACCGUUGCAAUAUGAUACUUAUAUUGCUCGAACUGGUUCCUUGAAGUUUGUUGACCGAAUCUAUUUCAGCAAUUCGGAAAAGAUUGUACGUUAUCCUGAAGAUAUCUAUGAUCGUGUUUGGGUUCCGUUCUUGCCGCUAGAUUGGACGGAGAUAAACACAACCCGCAACGUUGUUGAUUCUUAUAAAGACUAUAACCCACCACAAAAUGUGAUUAAGACCGCCGCCAUACCAACCAUUUCCAAUGAAUCAUCAAUGACCUAUUCUUGGACUCUGGACACCACUGACGACGAGACUUAUGCGUUCCUUUACUUCGCUGACAUCCAAGAUGUGCCAGAUAAUGAAACCAGGGAAUUUGACAUUAUCGCAAAUGGUAAAGUUGAAUACGAUCCUUAUAGUCCCCUGAAGUUCGAAGUAGAGACUUUGUUUAACCGUGUACCGGUGAAAUGCGAGGGAGGGGUAUGUCGUGUGCAACUCUCAAGAACUCGGAAAUCCACUCUUCCACCUUUGAUCAAUGCUUUAGAGAUUUUCAAGGUCAUUGAGUUUCCACAAUCAGAGACGAACCAAGAUGACGUCAUUGCUAUGAAGAAUAUCCGUGCUACUUAUAAAUUCAGUAGAAUCAGCUGGCAAGGUGAUCCAUGUGUUCCUAAACAAUAUGUGUGGACUGGUUUACGCUGCAAUGUUAUAGAUGUGUCCACACCACCUAGAAUCGUAGCAUUAGAUUUGUCUUCAGGUGGAUUAAGUGGAGUUAUACCGCCUAGCAUACGAAAUCUAACUCAACUUCAAGAAUUGGACUUGUCGAAUAACAACUUGACUGGAGAAGUGCCUGAAUUUCUAGCCGAGAUCAAAUCAUUGAUGGUCAUAAGCUUAAGUGGAAAUAAACUUAGAGGCCCCAUUCCUCAAGCCCUUUUGAAAAAGGAAAAAGAAGGACUAAAGCUAAAUCUCGAUAGAUAUCUAAAGGAAUGUAAGUCAUGCAAACAAAAAUUCCCGGUGGCGGCGGUUGUUGCUGCUUCUGUUUCUUCUGUGGCCAUUAUCAUAAUUGUUUUGGUUCUCAUUUUCAUUUUCAAAAGGAAAAAGCCAUCAAUCUCUAAAGUUAAACGGCCAUCACUAGAAAUGAAGAAUAGAAGAUUUACCUAUUUGGAGGUCAAGGAAAUGACUAAUAACUUUCAAGUUGUUCUUGGUAAAGGAGGCUUCGGUGUUGUUUGUCAGGGUUUUCUAAAUAAUGAACAAGUAGCCGUCAAAGUUCUCUCUCAGUCAUCAACUCAAGGCUACAAGGAAUUCAAAACAGAAGUCGAACUACUACUAAGAGUUCACCACGUAAAUUUAGUAAGCCUCAUUGGAUAUUGUGAUGAAGGAAAUGACUUGGCUCUCAUCUACGAGUUCAUGGAAAAUGGAAACUUAAAGGAACAUCUUUCAGGAAAACGUAGAGGCUCUGCUUUGAACUGGUCGAGUAGACUUAAAAUAGCUAUCGAGUCUGCGCUAGGAAUUGAGUAUUUGCAUAUUGGAUGUAAGCCGCCAAUGGUCCAUAGAGAUGUGAAAAGUACCAAUAUAUUAUUAGGUCAAACUUUUGAGGCCAAACUUGCCGACUUCGGACUUUCCAGAUCUUUCCUAGUGGGGAGUAAAACUCAUGUAUCAACAGAUGUUGCUGGAACUUUUGGAUAUCUUGAUCCCGAAUACUACCAAAAGAAUUGGUUAACGGAGAAGAGUGAUGUUUAUAGCUUUGGGAUUGUGUUACUGGAGAUUAUCACUGGCCAGCCUGUGAUAGAACAAUCACGUGAAAAGUCUUACAUAGUAGAAUGGGCCAAGUCUAUGCUCGCAAAGGGUGAUAUUGAAAGUAUUAUGGAUCCGAAUCUCAAUCGAGAAUACGACACAGGUUCAUCUUGGAAAGCUCUUGAAUUAGCAAUGUCAUGCAUCAACCCUUCUUCCGCAGAGAGACCAAACAUGACACGGGUUGCUCAUGAACUAAAUGAGUGUUUGGAAAUAUACGACAACUCAAGUAAAACAAGGAGCCAAGAUGCAAAUUCAACCAACUCCAUGGGACAUAGCAUAAGUUGCAUCAGUGAUACUCCUUCAGCUCGUUAA